AUGCUCUCAUCUCUUGCGCAGUAUGGUUCUGAUUCCGAAGAUGAAUCAUCAGCAUCAUUCGCUCCAAGCAGAGCAACCAACAUGUCUUUGGCUACAAACAACAAGAGCAAUGCUGAAAAAACGAAAUUGAAUAAUAAUAUCAAACAACAAGAGGAAGCAGUAGUCGUUACGACAAGUACGAAAAAGCAAUCCGAUCAAGAGGAAGUGAUUAUUGAAUCCAUAGAUGAUGAAGUUGGAGUAUCAAAUUUUAAUUAUAAAUCAACUUCAUCAAGGACAAAUAAUUAUUCCGAAUCUCCAAAUCAACCAUCGAAUUUUGUGCAUAACGCUCCUUCUACCACCAAAACAACCACAAACAAUGUUUCAUCAUCGUCUUCAUCAACAACCACGAUAACGGAAGGUAAAAGAAAAACAAAGAGAAAGAAGGUUCCGAGUGCUCAAAAAGCUCUCUUGAUGCAACUCGCCGAGCACUCACUUUUUAAUAAUUCUAAAGAAUCAUCUGAAACAACAACAUCAACAACAAAUAAGAGAAAAUUGUUUGAAGAACAAGAACGAUUUCUCGAUGAUGACAGCGAUGAAGAACUCAACGAUGAGGAGGAUCACAUGUUUCAUUCAACCACACCAGGUAAAAAACAAAAAUCGGAGACCACGAAGGAAGAAGUCUCUUCGUCGGAUCACGAAGAAAAGGAUACUACCAAGUUAUACUUUCCAAAAUCAAAAGAUAGAUUACCCUUGAAUGAACAAAAUGAAGAUGAAUAUAACCUAGGACGAGAGGAAGAGGACGAGGAAGAAAUUUAUAACAGCCUGAAAGACAUUCAAGAGCAAGAUAAUACAAAUCCACAAUCCAUUCCCGAAGAUAUUCUCGCAGAAAUGAAACGUCAAGGCAUUGAUGUGGAUCAACUAGGACAAGUCGAAAUUGUGGACGUGGGAGAACAUGGAGCGAGUGAGUUGGUGAAUUUAGAGGUGGAAAGAAGAAGAGCUCUCAUUGAAAAACACAAGCGAGAAAUUUACAUGACAAAGGAUGAACAAGAAGCUCUCAAACAAUUUAACUUUACAGUGGAAGGAGCAGGAAACAAGCACCGUGUUAAGGUUGCAAAAACAAAAAAUCAAAUUUCAUUCCUCGCCCAACAAGCAACAGGACGAGAAUUGGAAAUGGCUGAGAGAUUGGAAAAAUCGAGACAAAGCAAUUCCUCUGCAAAGAAGAAAUAUGGAUGGAGAUAA